UGUUUGUGUUUGUGAGCGUGUAAGCCUGGGUUGGUUCACAUGGGGACAUUAUGGUCCUGUUAUUAUGCACGCGUGAAGCUGAUUAGUACAGCCUGACACUGCAACCGAUGAACAAUACGCAUACACACAAAACCAUCAGCUCAGAGACCCUACAAUAAACUACAGAAUGUGUAGUCUGGAUGAGGUUCCAUUUAAAGUUGCUCUGGACUCUGUGGAGAUACAGUUAGGUUUGAAAGAGCCAGUCACAGCUCCUGAACUUAAGAUCCCAGACUGUAUUCAAAUUCUGCGUGACACAAAGUAUUCAUUCAGUCUGGAGAAAAAGAUCAUGGCUGCAUGGGAAGAACAGCAGCGGAAGAACAGGAAAGCCAAAAAAGCACCCCAGAGUGUGUGUCCCACCUGCCCGCCAUAUUGGCUGAUGUUCAGCAGCCCGCAGCAGAACCGCAGGGUGCACCUCAGAAGCGCAGAAUUAUGGGAACUGGGCCCACGCCCCCGCAGCUUAAGCCUCAGCGCUGCUGACUCACGUAAACUCCGCCCACUGCGGGCGGUCCAGUUCCUCAUCGCUGACAUGGACUGCGAGGGUGACUAUAGUAAAGACGAAUAUAGUUCGUCUGAGGAUGAUGAUGUGGGUAGCAAAGAAAGACCAAAGAGUUCCGGCCCACAGUGGCAAGAGAUUUCUGCCUGUCACACCCAGCGAGGCUCCACCCCUCGCCCCGCCCCUUCCAACAUGACUCACAAGACCCGACCAAGCUCCGCCUCCUCUGUGAAAGACAUACGUAAGUCCAUCCCCCCUGGCCUCGGCCAAACGUCACAGGGCAGCCCUCACAGCUCCAGAGUCCCCCGCAGAAAACCCGGUGUAACAAGAACCGGUGGGCGACGUAACUCACACACUCUCCUACAGCUGAGACCUUUGUCCGCAGGACCGCUGCCCUCCACCAGGCCUCAGAAACCGUCCUCACAUGGUGUGCGUCCGCGGACGUCCGCAGGGCUACAGGAUGCUCCAGCAGAUCUGCUGUGCGCUUUGAGUCAGGAAGAAAGAGAUCUUCUUGAAGCUGUUACACGACAUGGAUACACACUGCACACUGCCAUUCUAGCACUUCAGAGGACAGGGCCCAAGAGUCCUGAUCAGAUUUUGAGUUACCUGAUGUCAUGUGACCGUCUGUGUCGGCUGGGUUAUGAGAAGACUCAGGUGGAAGAAGCUUUGGAGAUGUUCCAGAACUGUGAGACCAAGGCUUCAGAGUUUCUGUUUCUGCUGGCUCAGUUCUGUGAGAUGGGUUUCCAGCAGAGCACUAUUAAAGAAGUUCUACUGGUGCAUGAGAACCAUAAAGAGAAAGCCCUGGAGGAGCUUAUGACCCGCAGCGGCUGAAAACACACAAGAAGAUCCUCUGCUAUGUGAAUAAAUGAUUCACCACCUCCAUGAGUGAAAUAAUCUCCAUGAAUAAAUGUAUAAGUGAAUUCUCAGUUACAUGAGCAUAUGAAUCAAUCUUCAUUUCUAUUAAUGCAUUAAUGAUUCUCUAUCUUCAGCUCCAUAAAUUAAUGUAUAAAUACUUCUAUAACGUAUAAAUACUUUUUUAAUUAAUGAAUCCUAUGGAGCGUUAAUACUCCAGUCUCUCAUGGAGAAGAGGUUCUGAUUGUUGAUUCAUUGUAGUCAUUAUCAUAUUGAUGCCACAUGAUUAACUGUAGAUCUAACUUCUUCAAGACAAAGAUUAAUAGUCGAUGACAGAACUGUAGAUCAAAAUUCAUCAUGAGGAAGAUUAAUCAUCUAGUAACAAAAAAGUAACAUAUUUUGAAAAGACCUGGGAACAAGCUGCAUGACUUUAAUUAAACACUGUUGUGACAUUUAUUGUGCAUCAGAUAUUUAGUUGCAGGAUUGUUUUCCUACUGUUUGGAAUGUAAUAAGAGGUGAAGAUUUUGCAUAAACAUUGUCAAACCAGUCAUAAGUAGCCAAGGAUAUAUUUGUAGCAAUAGCUGAUAAUACAUUGUAUGGGUCAAAAUUAUCAAAUUUUCUUAUAUACCAAAAUGUCAUUAGGAUAUUAAGUAAAGAUCAUGUUCCAUGUACUGUAACUAUAUCAACAUUUAAUUUUAAUUUUUAAUUAGUAAUAUGCAUUGCUAAGAACUUCAUUUGGACAACUUUAAAUGCGAUUUUCUCAAUAUUUAGUUUUUUUGCACCCUCAUAUUCCAGAGUUUUAAAUAGUUGUAUCUCAGCUGAGCAUUGUCCUAUUCUAACAAACCAUACACCAGUGGAAAGCUUAUUUAUUCAGCUUUCAUAUGAUGGAAUAUACUUGUUCAUCAAAAGUCAUGUAACAGAACAAUA